AUGGACCCAGAAGGUGGGGAUAUAAAACCUUCGCCCAAAAAAGCCUUGGCUAAUACUUCUGUUGUCGAGACGGGAUGGCAGAACUCACGCAGGCAGCAGCGACGACGGCAUCUUCGACGCUGUGACAUGCCUCCAAAGGCUGAAGAUGGGCACUGGAGCUCCCCGGAACUAAAUCGUUUUACUUCUACUAGCUCUACGCCUGAAGCAAGUGUCUUUUAG